ACUUUUUUUUUUUUGGAACAAUAAAGUCUAGACCUUUUACUUAUUCCCCUAUUUUAUGAAAAUUUUGAAUUAGAAAAGAAUGAUACAAUAUAAUUAGUUUUUACAUAAUAAUUAGAGUUAAUAUAUAAUUGAAGUUGAUUUAAUUUUUUUUUAGUAUAGUCAAAAGCUUCAACGGGGUGUCGGUGGUGUAAGCCCACCCAACUCCGACCUCGACCUCCGGGCUUCCCUUUUCUCCAUAUAUCACAACCUCUUUACACUCAGCUUUUUAGAUCUCUAACAAGAUCUCACCCAUUUCAAACAAUCUCACCACCCGAUUCUCCUUUUCAUUUUCUCCAAAUCCAGAUUCAGAUACAAUUUUCUUCCCCCAACCAAACGGAUUCAAGAAACUACGGGUGUUCGAUUUAGAGACCCUACUAUGAAUUCCCUCUCUCUCUUUUUUCUUCUUCUGUUACUCAUUUUUACAACUGCCUCUGCUCAGGAGUCUGGGGUUGAAACUGAGAGGGAAAAUUAUACUGGAUCCAAAGAUCUGGGCCGUCGGAGCAAGAUUGAUCUGGGCAGCCUUGCGAAGGAUUCUGCUGGAGACAAGAACGAUGUUGAUUCUUUGGAUUUGGGUGUCAACUUGGACUCUGGUCUUGGAAUCUUGGAUGCAUUUUUUGCAAGCUUUUCAAUGAUUUUAGUCAGCGAGAUUGGAGAUGAGACAUUCAUUAUAGCAGCACUUAUGGCAAUGCGCCACCCAAAGUCAAUUGUUUUAUCCGGGGCACUCUCUGCCUUGAUUGUUAUGACUGUACUUUCAACGGGACUGGGUAGGAUUGUUCCAAACUUGAUAUCAAGAAAGCACACAAAUAGUGCAGCUACAGUUCUAUAUGCAUUUUUUGGUUUACGGUUACUUUAUAUUGCUUGGAGAUCAGAUUCAAAAUCUUCCCAGAAAAAAGAAAUGGAAGAGGUGGAGGAGAAACUUGAAUCUGGUCAAGGGAAAUCAUCCUAUCGACGGUUCCUUUCCAGAUUCUGUACACCAAUAUUUUUGGAGUCAUUUAUCCUAACGUUUCUUGCGGAGUGGGGUGAUCGUAGCCAGAUAGCAACAAUUGCAUUGGCUACACACAAAAAUGCCAUCGGAGUAGCUAUAGGAGCAACAUUAGGACACACCAUCUGUACAUCAGUUGCGGUGGUUGGCGGGAGCAUGCUGGCCUCGAAAAUCUCCCAAGGCACAGUUGCUACUGUUGGAGGCUUGCUCUUCCUCGGAUUUUCCUUGUCCUCGUAUUUCUAUCCUCCUCUGUGAGUGCGAUAUUGUAGGCUAACCUGAUUCUUUUGUAGCAUCAAUGCUCUCCACUUGAGUAUUUUACCUUUUUUCUUUCCCUUUUCCCCCUGGUAAUUUUUGUUCCCCCUCCUUGCAAAUCCUUGAUAGAAAAACUUGGCAGUAACUGGUUAUUACCAGCUUUUAUAUCCAAUCCUUGUAAAAUCUCAGCAACAUAGAUAAAGUCUAAUAGCUUUCCUACCAUAAUGGUGCAUUUUAUUUGUUUUAUUUGAUAUAGUUCCAAAUUGAAAGAAAAAGAGAUAUAUUUCCUUUUUUUUUUUCUGCUGUUAUAUACAAUUAUAUUUAUUUACUUCA